CGUCCGAGACGGUGAUGGGAAGCCAUGCCUCAGGGUCUCCCGCAGCCCUGGGACUCGCUCCUGGGAUCUGCUCCGCUCGUGCUGUGGGAUGUUCUCUCGGUGCCACCUAGCUGGGGCGGGAGAGGGAUUUCUCCCCUUUGCCCUCAGGUGCAGCUGCGCCGGUGGAGCUCAUGUAGGGCCUUCUGCGCACUGUCCGGACUGUCCCUGAGCAUUAGGCCAGACGCGGCGAGUCUCGCCGAACGGCUGCUGCGGCUGGCGGCCGUCCCGGCAGCCGGAUCAGGCCAUACUCGCUCCGCUCUGGGCAGUGCCGCCGCCGGCAGGGAGGGAUGGGGAGAAAGUGUUUGUCAUGUUGGGCUCUGGAUUCAAGGCGGAGCGCUUGCGAGUCAACCUGCGCCUCGUCAUCAAUCGCCUCAAACUACUGGAGAAAAAAAAGAGGAGCUGGACUCUGGCCUGGCAGAGGCAGUAUCAACACUGAUUUGGGCUGCACCACGCCUCCAGUCAGAAGUGGCUGAGUUGAAGAUUGUUGCUGAUCAGUUGUGUGCUAAGUACAGCAAGGAGUAUGGGAAGCUGUGCCGGACAAACCAGAUUGGGACAGUCAACGACAGGCUGAUGCACAAGCUGAGCGUGGAAGCACCACCCAAGAUCCUGGUGGAGAGAUACCUCAUCGAGAUUGCAAAAAACUACAAUGUUCCCUAUGAGCCUGACUCAGUAGUGAUGGCUGAAGCCCCGGCAGGUGGAGAGGCUGAUCUAAUUGAUGUGGGCUUCACGGAUGAUGUGAAGAAGGGUGGCCAUGGAGGGGGUGGAAGUGGUGGAUUUACAGCCCCAAUGAUAGGUCAUGAUGGGUUAGUACCCAUGCCUGUGAUGAUGCCUAUGCCCAUGCCAGCAACAAAUCCACCCUUCUCCUAUCCACCUCCAAAGGGACCGGAGAACUUCAGCGGCCUGCCAGUGGGGACCUACCAGCCUUUCACUAACAUCCACCCACCACCAAUUCCGGCAAACCCACCCACAUAUGACUCUAUUGAUGAGCCUGACUCUGACAAGGAUGCUGCUGCACUAGUGCCUGGGCCUGAGCCCAAGCCAGAAGCUUCUCCUAAACCAAGAGCUGGAGCUCCUAGUACCUUUGAUAACUUUGUACUGCCUGAAUUGCCAUCUGUGCCAGACACACUGCCAACAGCGUCUGCUGGCGCCAACUCUUCUGCCUCAGAAGACAUUGACUUUGAUGAUCUUUCACGGAGAUUUGAGGAGCUGAAGAAGAAAACAUAAAACUUCCAGGGCUGCAGGAGGGAGGGGAAGGAGCUGUGACAUCUUCUCUCUGAAACAGACUCCCUUUGAAAUUGGUUUCCUGUAUUAACCUCCAGUGAACAUGCUCUUCUUUUUGAGCUCUCUUCCUACUGUACUUACACCAAGUGCUGCCGCUUUCUGAUCUUUGCUGCUCCAGGAGAUGAACUGUGGGGAACGUUGUCAGAGUGAGGCAGGGAAGAACCCCUGUCAGUCUGGGUAGCUGUAUGGGGAAGCUGCGCAUGUUCUGGGUGUAGUUCCUGGCUGCCUCCGUGAUGGCUCCAUGCCUGCCAGCAGAGGCUUUCUCUUGGAGAGCCCUCACUGGCCUUCAUGGUGUUCUCACUGGAGUCUAUUUUCGGUUUGGAGGAGGGUAACAAUGUCUGCCUGGGCCUAGUGGGUAUGUGACUAGCCCCACAGAGGGCAGAGUUAGACAGGCUCUGCUGCUGCCUCGGGGUUUUGAUGCGACAGCUUUCCUCCCGGGUGCUGAGCGGCCAAUGCUCAUCGAGAGGGUGGGUGUGAGGCAUGCAGGGUGGUCUGAUGGGAUGUGCUGGUAACAAAUCCCUUGUUUACCUUAUGCGAAUCGCGGGCGAGGCACCCCGGAGUGUAACGUACCUGUCGGUGGCACUGCGGCUGUGCCCUGUCCGUCUGUCCGUCCGUCCCCGGCCGCUUCCGGCGGCUCGCGCGCUGCUCUCGUUCAAUAAAGCGCGGGCCGCGCCUCGCCCGUUGUGCUGCGCCGCUA